AUGCCAGUUCCAAUCCCAAUCAAACUUCAGUUAGUAGAACGAAAAGAGAGGAAGAGAAAGAAAACGAUUCCGAAUUCUAAAGACAACAUAGCACAACUACCACAACCGCAGACAAUAUCCGACCACACCUCCGGCGGAUCUUCCCAUCUUUUGUCCCAGCAAUACAGGAACGCCAGUCACCGGAGUAACUCUGACCUCCAUCAAUCAUAUUCCUCUGCUAAUCCAUCCUCCUCCUCUGCCUUCUCGCUAUUUUCAUCUGCUGAGCCAACAUCACGGCACCAUUCUACUAGCUCAUCCACUUCUAGUCACCCCAUCCAUCAGCAGCAUCUAUCAUCUCAGCUGCUGCCCAUCUCGUCCUUCACGACGCCACAAUCAAAUAUUUUUCCGGGUUCGGUUGCGAAGCCCGCUGGAGGCGGUGCGGGAAGUGGGAGUGCGGGGUCAUCGCACUUGAAUAAUCUAGCUAUUGCGCAGGUCAAUUUUUUGAUAUCUGCUACGAACGAAAAGAAUUACGACGUGAAUAUUAAGGAGAUACGGAAGCUCCUAGACGAAAGCAUGGAGAUCAAUCAGAAAGUCAUGCGGAAAAUCAUUACGAAUAAUUACACUUACAUUAUGUCAUCGUCGAGUAGUCGGUCUUUCGAAAACUCGCCUAGCAGCAGUCAUCGAAUUCUUGCAGAGGGAAUUAAGGAGUUGGCUAGCUUACCACACGAGGUUAAGGACAAAUUCGUUGAUGUGAUCACGCCGGUGACCCCAGAUGGAGAGGUCUUUAGAGAUUUCGACGUAUCUAUGUUUUUCAGCCAUUUCGGCCUGGACUCCUUACAGAAAUGUGUAUUGGCUGUUGGUUUGAAAUCUAGUCCCCGAGCUGAUUUGCGGAAUAAAGGUCACGAUAUCGUGAGCAAAUCAUUUCGGUCAAUGCUUGAGAUCCUUGCAAAUCCCUCUAAGCAUCCCGAGAUGACACCUGAAGCGGUUGCCCUAUUUGUGGAGCAAAUGCUCUCGGAACCCGCCUAUCAGUUCUUUGAUAAUGUUGAAAAACUCAAUCUUUCAUACGCCUCAAGAUCGCGGUACAAGAACACCGCAUUGCCUCAAGAGGUUUUCAACAUCACAGAACCUAUCGAAAAGCUUCGUCAGCAAGAAUCCCUAGUUCAGAUAUUCCAGCAAAUAGGACCUGAGAGUACAGCCUCGCUAGAAAAGUGCCGGGAGGUGUUAAAGCGGAAAUGGAGGGUUCAAAUUUCUGAGAGCGAAGUCACAGACGUUUUGGUCCUCAUGGCCACAAGCCGAAAUGCAAUUGCCUGGCAUGCCGAUAUUUUUGUGCAGGCUUUACAGCAGGAGAACCUGGCUCAAUCGUUUGAUUGGGAGAGAGUUAUUGAAGGUCUGGAUCGGGAGGACUUCAUCUUGGAAGGCCCAGAGGGGCUGCAUGUCAUACUGAGCGCUCUGCAGCAUGGAACUAGCAGUGUCGAAUUUCCAAUUUAUAAGCUCUGGGGCGGACGGUGGCAGCAUCCGCGAGCGCAGUGGUCGGUAUUAAGAGGUUAUAUCAAGGCGGACACUUUGGAUGUUAUGAGGAUUCCUGGGAUUAGGAAAGUCUUCUCCUCUGCGGAUUUCGCCACGGCUAGUAGUGCCCUCAAACUCAUGGUUGCUACCUUCGAAACUCACAAGUUCAUCUCCUUUGAUGCUGUUGAUGUUCUGUUUUAUUUGGCUCUAAAUGAAACUAUUCCCCGGGAUAUACAACAAGCAGCACAAGCAGAAAUGGAGAAAGCUGCAAAAUUCACGCCAGAGCUUCUGCUUUGUGGAGCCUUGAUGAUCCCAAAGCCUUGGCCUCAAACGCUUGACCGCAUAGUUUCAAAGUUGCUUGACAUUUUCUUUGAAGGGCACACGAGUCACCAGCUAGUCUUUUGGAGAUUGUGGCAAGUCGAUAAACCAUUUGUCACUAAUCGAUUCCUUGAAUAUCAUGCUGCCAACAACUUAAAUAUCACCCGGAUUCUCGAUAUUUCACAAGAUCUGCGAUGCCUAAGCGACCUUUUAGAAGCUCAGAAUGCCAUAUUUGUAUUGGAUGUUGCGUCAUUGGCGGCUAGGAGGGAAUACCUUAAUUUGGAAAAGUGGCUUCAGGAAAUGAUCAACAAAUAUGAGGGGGAAUUCGUGAUGCAGUGUUAUAGAUUUUUACACAUAAAGGCGGAUGCAGAAUAUACUCAAGCAAGAGAAGGUGGCAAACCAACCAUGGUUAGUCUCCGUGUAGGACCUGUGCAUACAUUUCUUACAUUACUUGACAAAAAUCAACCACCGAUGACCCAAGAGCAUCAGGAGCGGGUCACAGAAUGUCAACGCCUUUGUAUACAAGCUUAUCCCCGUCUAAUAAACCUCGGCUCUGGACUGGACGCCAUUAUCCUGCAAAAUAACGCCGAAAGCAAUGGAUUUCCGCCUCACGUUGAUAAGGAUAUGCAACAGAACUACAAAAUGAUGUAUAGUCAAGAGACCGAGCUCAAUGAGGUGGUCCAAUAUCUUCAAAAGCUCAAGAUCUCCGUUGUCCCUCAAGAACAGGACCUCUUUGCUUGUAUGAUUCAUGGUCUAUUUGACGAAUACCAUUGUUACCCUUCGUACCCCCUUCAAGCCCUUGCUACAACCUCUGUUUUAUUUGGGAGUAUUAUUCUAUACAAGCUGAUCGACGGUAUUCCAUUGCGCGUUGCUUUGGCAAUGGUAUGGCAAGCUGUACGCGAUCACGAGCCAUCGUCUACAAUGUACAAAUUUGGACUCCAAGCACUCUUGCACUUCAAGGACCGGUUGAAAGAAUGGAAGGAGUACUGCAAAUUGUUGGCACAAGUUCCCGGUCUUCAGGGGACAGAUAUCUGGAGUAUUGUGCAAGACGUCAUCGCGGGUACAGCUGAUAGACAGGUUGACCCACAACCUGUUAACGGAAGUUCAGACUCUGAUGACCUUGCUCCUCCCUUGACAAACGGCAAUUCCUCUGUUCAACCCCCGUCUCCCGUCCAGCCAUCCCACCCGCACUUCCAGUCUGUAAAUGCAGACCCACCACUUCGCGAUCAGUCACUGUACAAGGACCCAGAUAUCGAGGUGCAGGAUAAGGAGGAACAUCACCAAUGGUUCGCCGACUACUUAGUUGUCAAGCGCGCAAAGAUGGAACCUAACUACCACCCUUUGUACCUGGAUUUAUUGGACAAAUUCGGUCACAAGGGGUUGAUGGCAGAGGUUCUACGGGAGACGUACAUCAAUAUCAUUGGAAUGCUCAACGCAGAAGCCACAAUGCAAAAUGCCAGCGAGAGGACAUACUUGAAACAACUUGCGAGUUGGUUGGGAGGAUUGACAAUUGCGAAAGAUAAACCCAUAAAGUUCAAGAAUGUGUCUUUCAAGGACCUCAUUAUUGAGGGGUACAUCACUGAGAGACUGAGUGUCGUUCUGCCAUUCACACGCAAGGUUCUUGAGCAAUCGACAAAAUCCACAGUGUUUAAACCUCCGAACCCUUGGUUGAUGGCUAUUAUUCGUCUCCUAGCAGAACUUUAUCAGCAUGUUGAGCUCAAACUUAACUCAAGGUUUGAGAUUGAAGUUCUCUGCAAAAACUUGGGGUUAGACAUCAAAACAAUUGAGCCUGCAACCGAUAUUAGAGAGACUAGAGAUAGGCCUGUUGUGAAAGAAGAGGAGGCAUUGCCGCCAAUAGAAGAUCUUUCUUUACAGCCGCCUCAAGGUUUCGCACCGAUUACCGACCCAGUUCCUUCUGGAUAUGCAGACGAAGUUAUAAUAAACUCUCUAAUCCAGCAUCCUGCUUUAAAAAGGAUAUUGCAGACUGCGAUUGAUCGCGCAAUUAGGGAAAUCAUCGGGCCAGUCGUUGAGAGAUCUGUUACAAUUGCCAGUAUCUCAACUUCCGAGCUUAUUCAGAAGGACUAUGCUACGGAAGGCGAUGAAAGUAAGAUGAGGGGUGCCGCGCAUAAUUUGGUCCGACAUCUCGCUGGUAGUCUUGCGCACGUAACUUGCAAAGACCCACUACGCAUGAGUAUGACGAACAAUAUCCGUUCAUUACUUGCUCAGAACGGAUAUAACGAGGCAUCAGUUUCAGAUCAAACAGUCACCAUGUGCGUUAACGACAAUAUUGAUCUCGCUUGUAAUAUUAUUGAAAAAACAGCGCAAGAUCGAGCGAUCCCUGAAAUUGAUGAUAGCUUAGCUCAAGCCUAUCAAACGCGCAAGCAGCAUCGGGAAAGAAGGCUUCAGCACCCGUUCAUGGCGGCAAAUAUUCCUCGAAUCGCCUUCCACCUCCCGGAUCAGUUCAGGUUAAAGCCUGGGGGAAUUACACCACAGCAAAUGAGUGUCUACGAUGAUUUUGGCCGGGGUUCGAGGAUAGCAACUCAUGAGGCAGCAGCAAGGAAUUCCUUCACAGACCCUUUCCCGUCAGAGUAUAUGUCAGGUGGGGCUCAAUCAACCGGGAUCGUUGAUAUACAACGGGCCCAGGAACAAUCUGCCAGUGUUCAUCAGCAACUUCAAAUUGAUCCGAAAGAGCUAAAUAUUAAAAUUGGGUCUCUUUUAAGCGAAAUGCGAAGAGCUGCUCGAAGUAGUGAUGAAGAGCACCUUGAAGACAUUAGCACAGAACACCUUAUCUUCCAUUUCUGCAAUGCAAUUCUGCAGAGUAUCUCUGCCAACCACCCGCUUCUCACGCGCCCUGUGAAAGAUGGUCUAUGUUCAGCAGUGGCUUCUCAAAUUUGUCAAAUCCUAUUCACUGAUGGGCAGGAUCAGACUCAGCUAGAAGUGGAAGCGUUAGUUUAUCUCCUGCGGAAAGUGUGUGAGCUAUCGGCGAGUACCAGGCAGGAUGUUGUGCUAUGGCUUGCUCAGCCACGAGAAGACGAGCGACUCUUUAACGCCCCUGUUACGGUCAUGCUCCUGAAGACGGAUUUGAUUUCGGUUACACAUCUAGACACCACCAUUGCCAAAUCUCUCAACACCAGAAGGCCGCGUACGCUAGAGUUCUUGUCAAGGGUGAUGAAAGAAACUGUUUUGGGCCCAAACCCUUUGGUCCUGAGAUCCGAUUUCGCGGCAUCUCUUGAUGCUUUGGGCCAUUGGCUGAAACAGGAGCCAACAAAUAAGGUUGCUCUAGAUCUGGUCAGAGAAAUUCAAGGGCCGGAAGAAAAGGACGAACAAGAUCAGCUCGAUCUGGAGGACCGCGAGAAGAGAGAUCAGAUGGAGUACAUUUUCACUGAAUGGAUGCAGCUUUGUCAACAUCUCUCUACGACGGAAAAGAAUUAUUCAGCGUUCAUCAUGCAACUACAUCAGGGCAAGGUCCUUGCAGACAUGGCAUCUUCGUGCGAGUUUUUCCGAACCUGUAUUGAAUUCUGUAUCGGCGAGUACGAGCAGACUACCGUCAAUGGUGGAAGCAUCCAAACCAACUGCUAUAUUCCUAUUGAUGCACUAGCGAAGCUAGUCAUAUUACUGGUUAAAUAUCAGGUGGAGGACGAUUCAAAGGGCCAAUUCUUGGACAAGGCGGAUUAUCUCAACAGCAUCCUAGCUCUGGUCGUCUUCGUGUUUAAUUUCCACCAUGAGACUCGCGGGGAACAUUUUUCUCAGAAGGUCUUUUUCAGAUUUUUUUCAAGUAUGCUAUACGAAUAUCAUUGCAUCGAAAGCCAAUUGGGAGCAUAUCAAGAAAGGAUAUUAAUGGUCUUCUCGGAGUGUUUUUUGACAAUUCAACCAGCUUUCUUCCCAAUGUUCAGCUUCCAUUGGAUGACCCUAGUUUGCCAUCGGUAUUUUAUGCCAAAGCUCCUGACGCUGGAGGGUGAUAAAGGCUGCUCUACAUUUGCGAAAAUAUUAGAGACGAUGUUGAUAUACAUCGGCACUCUAUUAAAGGAAUUGCCCAUUCCUCCGGUCAUCAAACUUCUUUACAGGGGUGUUCUCAGGAUUCUUUUGGUCUUGCAUCACGAUUUCCCGGAGUUCCUUGCUGAGUGGCAUUUUUCGAUUUGCGAGGUCAUUCCAGUACAUUGCACCCAGCUGCGCAAUCUCAUCUUAAGCGCAUACCCCUCCACGCUUUCAGACCUCCCAGAUCCGUUUACUGCGGGUUUGAAAGUGGACCGCCUUCCUGAAAUUCGGAUCGCCCCGAAGAUUUGUGGGGAUGUUCUCAAACCUCUCGUCAAGAGUGGAGUUAAGGAGUUGGUGGAUUCUUGUUUAGCUUCUACCGAUGGGCCCAGUAACACCGCAAUUCGUGGGAUCUUGGACAGGCUAGAAACCGAACCAAGGAAAGAAGCAGGGCUAGGCUUUAACACUGUCACUAUCAACUCGAGCAUCCUCAACAGUCUUGUUCUGUAUGUUGGUAUGGAGGCAAUUAAAGAUAUGAACGCGAAGGGCUUAUCUUUUCAGACGGCAAGUCCCCAUGCUGCUCUAUUCGCAAGACUAGCUGCAGAUCUGAGUCCCCAAGCACGUUAUUUCUUCUUAAGUGCAAUUGCGAACCAUCUUCGCUAUCCGAACAGCCACACCCAUUACUUCAGUUAUCUGCUCUUGUUUUUAUUCGGGCCUGUUCAGAACAAGUCUACCGAAUCAGACGUUCGUCAGCAAAUUACGCGUGUUUUGUUGGAAAGGUUGAUUGUUCAUCGACCACAUCCAUGGGGAUUGAUCAUUACUUUGCUUGAGUUACUCAAGAAUCCAACUUAUGAUUUCUGGAACCUACCAUUCAUCAAAUCAGCACCAGAGAUUGAAAGGCUAUUUGGAGCUUUGUUCCAACACAUCAACAACUCUUCGUCACCUCCCCGUCAGUAA